AUGGCCAUGGCGGGUUGUAAUGGCUUCUUUCUACAUCAAUUGAGGCAACCCCGGCUUCAAUUGGCCCGUCAACUUGGUCGCACGCCGUCCCGGGCCUAUUCUGCACCCUCCAACGGCUCCAUCCCCGCCGCCAAGAAGAAGUAUGUCCCGACCAAGGGGACCUAUCCUCUCGGGUUCCGGACUUCUGGUACCAUAGUUGGUGUCAAGCCGAGUAACACGACGAAGCCGGACCUGGCUCUGUUGACAUCAGACGCGCCUUGUGUUGCCGCUGCCGUCUUCACCAAGAACAAGUUCCAAGCGGCUCCCGUCACUUUUAGCCGAAACCUCCUCGAGAGGAGGAAGAACCAGGGAAUCCAGAGCGUCAUCAUCAACUCGGGAUGCGCCAAUGCCGUCACGGGCAAGGGCGGCCUGGAGGAUGCCACCAAAAUGGCCCAAGAAGCGGAUAAGUGCACUGGUCAGAACGAGAGCACCAUCGUCAUGAGCACCGGCGUGAUCGGCCAGCGGCUCCCCAUCGACAAGAUUCUCAACAAGGUCCCUUCCGCGCACGGCGCCCUUGGGGGUUCCCACGACCACUGGCUGGCGGCGGCUAAGGCCAUCUGCACGACCGACACCUUUCCCAAACUCAUGUCUCGCACCUUCGCCCUGCCCUCCUCGCCGGGCGUCGAGUACAGGAUAGCGGGUAUGACCAAGGGCGCGGGGAUGAUCCACCCCAACAUGGCCACGCUGCUGGGCGUCAUCGCCACAGACGCACCCAUCACCUCGGCCGCCCUCCCCUCGGCGCUCAAGCACGCCGUCGACCGCUCGUUCAACAGCAUCACCAUCGACGGCGACACCUCCACCAACGACACGGUCGCCCUGUUUGCCAACGGCGCCGCAGGCGGCAAGGAGGUCGCGGAGGGUACCCCCGACUACGACGCCUUCCGGGCGGUGCUGACCGACUUUGCGGCCGAGCUGGCCCAGCUGGUUGUGCGCGACGGCGAGGGCGCGACCAAGUUUGUCACGGUGCGCGUGACCGAGUCAGCCAGCGAGGAGGCCGCGCGCCGGAUCGCCAGCACCAUUGCCAGGUCGCCGCUCGUCAAGACGGCCCUGUAUGGCAAGGACGCCAACUGGGGCCGUAUCUUGUGCGCCACUGGGUACUCGCUGAUUUCGGAGCCGGGGCAACCCAUCAAUGAUGUGCCCGAGAUCGCUCCCGAGAAGACGAAUGUGUCGUUUAUUCCUACCGAUGGCACGGCCGAGCUGAAGCUCCUGGUCAACGGGGAGCCGGAGAAGGUGGACGAGGCGAGAGCUGCUGAAAUUCUGGAACUCGAGGAUCUUGAGAUCCUAGUCCGCUUGGGGCAGGGUGACAAGCAGGCGACUUACUGGACCUGCGACUAUAGCCACGAGUAUAUUACUAUCAACGGCGAUUAUCGCACUUAG